CACUUCUCAACUGCUGAGACACAUUCUGAGUCUACCAUAGGGGAAUCUCCAAUCUCAGCACCAUGAGCCACACCAUUCUUAUUUUCUGCCUCAUCUUUCUGACCUUGAGUGGGAUUCAAGGAAUACCUCUUUCCAGAACUAUACGCUGUACCUGCAUUGAGACUAGUACUCAAUCUGUUAAUCCAAGGUUCUUAAAGAAACUUGAAAUUAUCCCUGCAAGUCAAUCUUGUCCACGUGUUGAGAUCAUUGCCACAAUGAAAAAGAACAGGGAGAAGAGAUGUCUGAAUCCAGAAUCUAAGGCCAUCAAGAAUUUAUUGAAAGCAGUUAGAAAAGAAAGGUCUAAAAGAUCUUAAAACCUGAGAGAAGUAAAAUCAUUGCAGUGCUGAUAAGGAUGGAUCAGUGAGGCUGCCUGUCCCAUUACUUCCCUACAGAGUCUAUGUCAAACCCUCAGUGGCCCUAAUUUGUAGUUCUUCUAAAAGGUGACCACUCACCAAAUUAGCUGUUAGUACUCUUGUGGGAAUGUGGAUGCGUCAUCACUUGACCUAAUAAUAUCUCUGGUAAUAGUGUUACUAGUUCUAUUACUAAUAGUAAUAGCACUAAUAACUAGUAUUAACUCUUCCCUGGCACUCUACUGUAAGCUUUGCCAAAGUGAUACAUUCUCAGCAAAUGUGCCAAAUCCUAGCACUGAUACUGACACUUUCCUCACCUUUCCUAUUUUCUAAGGGUUCUUAAGGAAUCUUUUACUUCUGGAUUUAUCAGAGUUCUUUGACUCUCAAGUAACUAAAAGGUGUAUAAUCAGGGGAACUGUUUGCAUCUGUUCUUUUAAGAACAAUCUUUACUUCAUAGACUUCUACUACCAUCCUCCCGAGGACCCACACUCUUCAGUGAUUAUAUACAAAGAAUUCCAAAUACCUACAGAAAGCUAAAUAUGUCUGAAAAUGUGUCUGUAAAUACUAUUUAAUGAAAGAAUGUACAAAGUAGAAUUUUUAGAUGUUUCUUGUAUUUUUAAGUGUAUAUGGACUAACUUGGGUAAUUAAGAACAAUGAAUAAUUGGAGAAAUUUUAAAAUCUAAAUGUAUGUUUUACACAUUAUGUAAGACAAAUGUGCUGAAUGGUUUUCAAAAUAAAAAUGAUGUGCUGUCCUGGAAAUAUUAGAAAUGAUUAUCUAACUGUUGAGAGACAAAAAAGAUAAUAAAGUAAUUAUAACUAAGAUAAAGUG